GUGAUCUAAUAUGUCGAACGCGGAACUACAGACUAAUAAACAUCAGCUUCCUCCUGUGGUAGAGUCUGUGCUCACUGUUUUAUAUGUACUGUAUGAUUAACUGAUCAACUGACGGUUGAUUAAAUAUAGUUAAUCUGAGUUGUGUCUUUUAAACACUACUGGACGUGCUUAAUUUAUUUUCGCUUUACAUUUAAAGAGAGCGCAUGACUGAACAGUAAUAAUUACACUCGUGUAAGAUUUUAAAUGCAAUGUCAAGAUGAUGCAUACUGUGUUAUUGUCUCUCCUAACGCUGUCUGUCUGUGCGCACACGACUUUUGGUGAUGCAGAAGUGACCAUCAAAGCGCCAGCAACAGUGAAUCUACAGGAAAAAUCCUCAGAAAACAUCAACUUUACACUAAGUUCAUCGUUGAACACAUCUGUAACAGUUUAUUUCAAUAUCACAUUUACAUCAAAAAAUGUCUCUUCAAUAAUUCAACUGCCUGAUGAGGUUGUUGUGCCAGCAGGAAACACAUCUGUAUCUUUUGAAGUGCUGGCAAAAGGGGUUGGUCAGGUGACCGCUUACCUUUACAGCAAUGACACUCGCAUAAAAAGCUUUGAAACACGAAUCAGAUUCUUGAUUGUCAGAAGCAAUGUCCUUUUCAUCAUCAACCAAAUCAUUGGCUGGAUUUACUUCCUGGCCUGGUCCGUGUCGUUCUACCCACAGGCGUAUGAGAACUGGAAACGCCGCAGUGUGGUGGGCCUCAAUUUUGAUUUCCUCGCUCUCAACCUGACUGGAUUCAUUGCUUACAGUGUGUUCAACGUUGGCCUAUUCUGGGUGACUUAUAUACAGGAGGAGUUCUUGAAGAAAGAUCCGAAUGGUGUCAUUCCUGUCGAUGCCAAUGAUGUCUUCUUCAGUCUCCAUGCAGUAGUUCUCACUCUCGUCUAUAUUUGCCAGUGUGCCAUCUAUGAGAGAGGUGGGCAAAAGGUUUCCAAAGUGGCCAUUGGGUUAUUAGUGAUUGGCUGGACCUUUGCGUUUGUCUCCCUGUUUGUUGCGGUGGCACAGAAGAUCUCCUGGCUGGAUUAUCUGUACUAUUUCUCUUACAUUAAACUGGGUGUCACACUUGUAAAGUACAUCCCUCAGGCUUAUAUGAACUACCGCAGACAGAGCACAGAGGGAUGGAGCAUCGGGAAUGUGCUGCUGGACUUCACAGGGGGCAGUUUCAGUUUGAUUCAGAUGUUCCUUCAAGCCUAUAACAAUGAUAAAUGGAAGUUUAUAUUUGGAGACCCUACAAAGUUUGGACUGGGCGUGUUCUCCAUAUUCUUUGACGUUGUGUUCAUCAUACAGCAUUAUUGUCUGUACAGAAACCGAGAGCCACUGUAUCAUGAUUUAGAUGAUCAGAAUGAUCAACACACUGUUAAAACAUGACAAGGUUUCUUAUGAACUUUUAUGUCUUUUUGUACACACCAAUCUUAAGUGUGAACCAUGUAUUAAAGGGAAUUAUAUAAAUGUGUAUCUUAGAUCUUGAAAGCAAAAAAAAGCACUUGUUUCAUAUGAAUUAGUCUAUAUAUUUAUAAACAAUUUUUCUUAUUCCAAUAAAUUGAUGCUGUCUCAGGUAAAUUAUAA